CCGGGCCGAGCGCCGCCACGGAGUCCGUGCGCAACCGGCGAGAAGGCCCUGUGCCGACGGUUCGAGGCUCCUAGGCUCCUAAACCGUCGCAGAGCUGCUUGGCUGCCCGUCUCCCACCUACCCCCUCUGCCGCCCCUCCGGGGCCCAGACCGACCCGCCACCUGCGUCCCGGUUGCGCCAUGGAUCCAUCGGAGAAGAAGAUAUCCGUGUGGAUCUGCCAGGAGGAGAAGCUGGUGUCUGGUCUCUCUCGCCGCACCACCUGCUCGGACGUGGUGCGGGUGCUGUUGGAGGACGGCUGCCGGCGGCCGCGGAGGCAGCGGCGGGGCCGGCGGCGGGGGGCGGCCAGCGACUCGCCAGGCCGGGAGGAGCUGCGGGAACUCCUGGACGAGGACGACGAGGACGACGAUGAGGCGCUGCCGCAAGGCAUGUUGUGCGGGCCCCCGCAGUGCUAUUGCAUUGUGGAGAAGUGGCGGGGCUUUGAGCGUAUACUGCCCAAUAAGACGCGCAUCUUGCGUCUCUGGGCCGCCUGGGGCGACGAGCAAGAGAAUGUGCGCUUCGUGCUGGUGCGCAGCGAGGCAUCGCUACCCAACGCGGGCCCCCGCAGCGCCGAGGCGCGCGUCGUGCUCAGUCGUGAGCGCCCCUGCUCGGCCCGGGGGGUCCUGGCGCGGCCCAGCCUGGCCAUGACCCAGGAGAAGCAGCGGCGGGUGGUACGCAAGGCCUUCCGCAAGCUGGCCAAGCUCAACCGGCGGCGCCAGCAGCAGCCGUCGUCACCCUGUUCGUCCACGUCGUCGUCCACCGCCUCAUCCUGUUCGUCUUCGCCGCAGGCCGCCGAGAGCGCAUCCGUGGAGCGCAUGGAGACGCUGGUGCAUUUGGUGCUCUCCCAGGACCACACCAUCCGCCAACAGGUGCAGCGGCUCCGGGAACUGGAUCGCGAGAUCGACCGCUAUGAGGCUAAGGUGCACCUGGACCGCAUGCGGCGACAUGGAGUCAACUACGUGCAGGACACUUACUUAGUGGGCGCAGGCAUCGAGGUGGACGGGCCCAGCCCGGGAGAGGAGCCGGAGGCGGCCGCGGCUCCCCUGGACGGCGAGGCGCAGGCGGCCGCGCUGGAGGAGCUGGCCCAGCGGUGCGACGACCUACUGUGCCUGCAGGAGCAGCGAGCCCAGCAGGAGGAGUUGCUCGAGCGCCUCUCGGCCGAGAUUCAGGAGGAGCUGAACCAGAGGUGGAUGCGGAGGCGCCAGGAGGAGCUCGCGGCGCGGGAGGAGCCCCUGGAGCUUGACGGCAGCCACGACGGUGAGCUGCUGCUGGAGCAGGAGCGGGUCAGGACGCAGCUCAGCACCAGCCUCUACAUCGGGCUCCGGCUCAACACGGACCUGGAGGCUGUCAAGUCGGAUUUGGAUUACAGCCAGCAGCAGUGGGACACCAAGGAGCGCGAGCUGCAGGGCCUUCUCCAGACUUUGCACACGUUGGAGCUGACGGUAGCGCCCGACGGGACUCUCGGCUCUGGCGAUCCCUCCCGGGAAUCCCGACCUCAGGGCCGCGCCGAGGUGUGGGUGGAUCAGGCCCGCGGGCUGGCCAAGAGCUGUCCCGGCAACGACGAGGACUCGGAUACCGGGCUGAGCUCUAUGCACAGCCAGGACUCGGACUCGGUGCCAGUGUGCGAAUCUCUUGUGUAAGGCGAGCAGGGUGGGAGAGGGGGACGACCCUUCCCACUUCCUUGCAGAAAGCACUGGCAUGGCCUGCUCAGGG